GAUGCACAUCCGGGUCACGCUAACGCCGCGGUUUCCGCCACUCUGUUGGUUCCACAGUGGGUCCCGAGUGGUCCCAUGUCGUGCUGGGCAGUGUCUGCAGCCGUCUGUUUGUGAAGACCGCAGAGACCUGCAAUUCAGUCCUGUAAGUGUGUAAGGAGAUAGUGGUCCUCAUGGAGGAAGAACAAGACCUACCAGAGCAACCGGUGAAAAAAGCCAAGAUGCAGGAACCACGAGAACAGACUUUAAGUCAAGUAAACAACCCAGAUGCCAGUGAUGAGAAGCCUGAGACCUCCAGCCUUGCGUCAAAUCUCAGCAUGUCAGAGGAAAUUAUGACAUGCACCGAUUACAUCCCUCGCUCAUCCAAUGAUUAUACCUCACAAAUGUAUUCUGCAAAACCUUAUGCACACAUCCUCUCAGUUCCUGUUUCGGAAACCACUUAUCCUGGGCAGACUCAGUACCAGACACUGCAGCAAUCUCAACCCUACGCUGUCUACCCUCAGGCAACCCAAACUUAUGGACUACCUCCUUUCGGUGCACUGUGGCCAGGUAUGAAACCUGAAAGUGGUUUAAUUCAGACUCCAUCUCCAAGUCAACACAGUGUUCUUACCUGCACUACAGGGUUAACCACAAGCCAGCCAAGCUCAGCACAUUAUUCUUAUCCCAUUCAAGCUUCAAGCACAAAUGCCAGCCUGAUACCCACUUCAUCUGCAAUUGCCAAUAUUCCAGCAGCAGCCGUGGCCAGCAUCUCAAACCAGGAUUAUCCCACCUAUACUAUUCUUGGACAGAAUCAGUACCAGGCCUGCUACCCCAGUUCCAGCUUUGGAGUCACAGGUCAGACUAACAGUGAUGCUGAGAACACAGCAUUAGCAGCUACAACAUACCAAACGGAGAAGCCUAGUGGUAUGGUGCCUGCCCCAGCCACACAGAGGCUUCCCUCCGACUCCUCUGCAAGCCCACCUUUGUCCCAGACUACACCAAAUAAAGAUGCUGAUGAUCAGGCGAGGAAAAACAUGACUGUCAAGAACCGGGGCAAGAGGAAAGCUGAUGCCAGCUCUUCCCAGGACAGUGAAUUAGAACGGGUAUUUCUCUGGGACUUGGACGAAACCAUCAUCAUCUUUCAUUCCCUUCUUACUGGAUCCUAUGCUCAGAAGUAUGGAAAGGACCCAACGGUAGUAAUUGGCUCAGGUUUAACCAUGGAAGAAAUGAUUUUUGAAGUGGCUGAUACACAUCUAUUUUUCAAUGACUUAGAGGAGUGUGACCAGGUGCAUGUGGAAGAUGUGGCUUCUGAUGACAAUGGCCAGGAUUUGAGCAACUACAGCUUCUCCACAGAUGGUUUCAGCGGUUCAGGAGGCAGUGGUAGCCACGGUUCAUCUGUGGGUGUUCAGGGAGGUGUGGACUGGAUGAGGAAACUGGCCUUUCGUUACCGAAAAGUGAGGGAAAUCUACGACAAGCAUAAAAGCAAUGUGGGUGGCCUCCUCAGCCCCCAGAGGAAGGAAGCACUGCAGAGACUCAGAGCAGAGAUCGAGGUGCUGACGGACUCCUGGUUAGGAACUGCACUCAAGUCCUUGCUUCUCAUCCAGUCUCGAAAGAAUUGUGUGAAUGUUCUGAUCACUACCACCCAGUUGGUUCCAGCCCUGGCCAAGGUUCUCCUGUAUGGACUAGGAGAGAUAUUUCCUAUUGAAAACAUCUACAGUGCCACCAAAAUCGGUAAGGAGAGCUGCUUUGAGAGAAUUGUUUCGAGGUUUGGGAAAAAAGUCACAUAUGUAGUGAUUGGAGAUGGACGAGAUGAAGAAAUCGCAGCCAAGCAGCACAACAUGCCCUUCUGGAGGAUCACAAACCAUGGAGAUCUGGUGUCCCUGCACCAGGCUUUAGAGCUUGACUUCCUCUAAGAACUGGAAUGUAGACCCUUCCUUCCUUCCUUGUGAGCUUCUUUUUACCUCCAGCAGGAGCCAGAAGCCAGAACCCUCUGAGCCCCUUCUCUCCUGUCUGUCUCUCCGGGUCUCAGCGCCCCCUCCCCUUCUCUUCUGCUCUUUCUCCCUCCAUGAAAUGCUGGCGAGAACACAAUCAGAACCAACAACUGCAGUUAUUCUGAGUGAGCUGCAGCCCACAUCCCCUGUACAGCAGGAGGUGGCUAGAUAGAGCUGCAGACCGGCUGCCGCUACCGUGCUUUAAUUUUUCUGUUUCAAUUGAAAAAGGAAGAACAAGAAAAGCCGAUGCUCGGGCACAGUUGUACUCUUGCUGCAUGACGGACCGACCGGGAGCUGCUCCUGAUCUUGUGGAUGGAAACUGUCCCCUUGAGAUCGUCUUCUGUUCUCUUAGCUAUAAAACGUCUCUCCCAGUGAAUGGGUAUGUUAUUUUUAUAGGUGAGGGUCUGGCCUCUGCAGCAGCCUCCCCCACUUUUCUAUGAAGAAAGCCGUGUGUAAAGUUUCCGUGACAGUAGUAAUGGAAAUAUCUAAAAUACCUCCGUGACUGGACAGGACAGGACAGAGGCUCCAGUGCUCUGCUCUCUGGGGAGGCUCCUUGCCAUCUACAGGGCCCUGGUCACUUUAGACUGUGGCAUCUCCCAUCUUGUAAGCCUCGGUCUCCUUGGCAGUCCUUCUUCAUCUGUAUCUAAAUGGCACAACCCUGGAAACUCCUUCGCACAGACAAUAAAUCUAAGCCUUUACUUGUACUUCAGAAGCUCUGUCCCAGGAGGCUCAGCCUCCAGACUGGAGAGAAGGGCUCAGACUUCUUAGACUGUCACCCGUGGCUCCUGAGGCCAGGGUUCACCUCGUGCUCCUGCAGAGCAGUUCCUGUUCCCAGCAGAUGCUGGCCUCACGCCCUGUCCUCACAGCUUCCUGUCUCUGCAGCUCUGGCCAGCCCCUAUCCACUCAUUGCAAGUCAGAAAGGCCAAGGGCAGGCUCUAGCUGCUUCCUUCACCUGCACUUACAUGCGGUGAUCCCACCUUGUAUUUACACAGAUCUGUGCCUAGGAGUGGAGAGCAGAGAGCUAGAGUCAAAACCCAUGAAAUAUCCCACUGCUUAGAGUCCAUGCUGAAGUGGGAAACCAGGCCAGAAAGACUUUCUUGACUUAAGUGCUUAAAAAUACAAUCCUGAGCUAGGUGCAAGAGCACCUCUCAAGGCUGCCCCUAGUCAGUUAGGAGGGGAACUGGGCCUUAGUGCCAGCCCACAAGCCCAGCUGUGUUUUGGUUUUAUUUUGAUUUUUGUUUGGUUUUUUUACGGCACUAUCCCUUCAGGACCAAUGUCGGUGCCUGUUUAAUUGGGUUAAACGUCCCUAGAGUUGAGGAAAUGUGCAGCCUUGGUCUUCAGGAGGUCCUUGACCAACCCCUAGCUAUAGUCACUGUCCGCAGAGAUACCACAGCCCAGAAGCAAAAUUCCUCUUCAUGCUAGGCAACCAGAUAACGACAGAAAGGCGGACACUUCUGAGUACUUCUGAGACCAGCAGUUGAGGAAGGGGCUCAGACAGGAAGUAAGGUUUGUGUCUUGGCCAUUCAUUUGGCUUUGUUGUGAGGUACAGGGUGGGAGCAAGGAGCUAGAGUCUAAGUCAGACCCUCCUAGGCUGCCAUUAGCACCACACCGUUACCCUAGUCACGGCCAGCCUUGCUUGGUGGUCCAACCUGGAAAACUCCAGGAUGAGUUUUACUUCCAAGUCUCAGUCCUUCCCUCAUUAACAGUGUAGUUUCUUGUGCUGGACAACGCCACCUAUUAGUGCUGUGCUUCAGGCUCACCAGACGCCAAGUGGUGACACACCCUUCUGCACACAGGUACCACCACAAAGACUUCAGGGGAGACUCUCUGUCCUUAGAAUAUAACAGGGAAUCCCUUUCCUCUUGCCCUGACUGGAGAGGCAAGGAGGUGUUCUGAGCUGAGUGGCUACUGUUCCCAAAGCAGCUACCCUGUCAGGGUAGACAGAGGAGUGCAUUGGUGUCUCCAGGGACUGCUGCCUUUGUGCUGACUCUCUCCCUCCCUCCCACAGAGGCUUGGGAAGGAAAAUGAGCAGGCAGCAUCAAGAGCUGUUUGUAAUAGAAAGACAACUUGGUGGUAAUAGCACCCGCAGCUUGUGCAGAGGUCCAAGGCUUGAGCACCCACAAGGCUAUUCACGACCUCUGGCUGAAGCUCCAGGGGGUUUGUUGCCCUCUUCUGGCCUCUUCAGGCACCAAGCACUUACAUACGUGUAAGAAACACUCAUAAAAUAGAAAAUCCUUUUAAUAUUAAAAGCUGUUGGAAGUUAGAAGGCAGUCCUUAUUGAAGGAACACCUUGAAGAAAUUAGCUGGCGAAUCUUUUCCCUGCUGGAUCCUGUGUUCUGGAAGGUUAGUCAGGACAUCUCAUGGUGACAGCUAGUUCUAGGAGUGUGUGGGGUGGCAGGAAUGUCCUGGGAUACAAGGUGGCUUGACUUUGGAAUGUAAAAGUGACUGUGCCUUAGCAUCACCCUGCCCAGUGCCCCUGGGGCAGCCGGUGAUGUCCGCGAGAGUGGAUACCUGCUCCACAUUUUAGGUGCCUACUUGGCCUUUUGAUUUGGGGGUGUUCUCUGCUAGUCGGGUGUCAGAGCUAAUGUCCCAAGAGACUUGGCACAGCUUGUCCGUGUUCACCCAAGCUCAACCUUCACAGCCCCAAGUAGAAUCUGAUUGGCAAGCUGCAGCAGCAAGCUCAUGGCGCUUCCAUAGACACUGCUUUGAAUGGGAGUCACACAACUGACAGGAGCACCGGGCAGAGCUCCGUGCUGUCCUGGAACAGUGCAGGCUAGCCGCCAAGUGCCAAGCUUGGGCCUCAUUCCUCACUCUCCCCAGGUAGCUGAGGCCCUUGAGUAAGCGUGUGCUCCUGGCUGCUCACUGGUCAAGCAGCUAGAACUACCCAGACACAUCCAUUGUAGAUGCCAGGGUGGCAUUCUGAGCUUCCCAAACAUCUUAACCACAAGAGGGAGAACCCUGCUUGUGUCCCAGUCUCAUCUGUGGGCCGCUUGCCCUCCCUCUACCCUGAGUCAAUUCUAGUGAGCAUGGCUCCCUGGCUGCCUCCUCACACUGAGCAGAGCCAUCCCAGUUCAGGACCAUUUCUACUUGGAUCUCCACUCUCCCUCUGGACUCCAGAUGCCUCUUUAGCAGGAAAAGGCAUCCGUGGGUGGGAUAUAUUUAUGUGACUUCGGGCAUUUGUGGCUAUAGAGUCCUUGACCAUAAUGUUAUAUGUAAUGGGAACUAUCUUAUAAACUUGAAAAAAUAAAGUUUUUAUUUUCUAUA